AUGGAAGACUACAACUCUUCCCUAAUGAGCGGGGCCGGUUCCUCCAGUGCAAGCGGGAGCAGCGGUAACACAUCCGGUGGUAAUGCCGCAGGCGGUAGCUUCAACUUCACCAAUCCUGACCCCAUUAACUUCAACGAUGAGAUCUUCUUCAAUGUUUCCGAGUCCAACCAGCUCACGUCCUCGUCGUCGUUGGUUCAGAGCUCCAACACUGCCAACACUACACCCGAGUUCCACACUCCUCCUGCCAUCGACAGCAAUAACUACGACUACAUGAACAAGCGGGUUCAUUCCAAUUCAUUUAGCUUGCCCAUUGAUCAGCUCAACUUGUUGACUUUGAGGCAGGAUUUAAGGCAAGAGGCGGAGAUUUUGGGCGCCAAUGGUGGUCCUGGUUCGGCUUCUUCUGGUUCUGGAAGCGCACCAGGCACCGCAGUCGUAUCCAUUUCACAUUCUCCGAGCCCCAACCUCAACAUGGAUGAGUUUCCUUCGUCUUCAGUCUACCAGUCGCUCGUAAAAGAGAACUCGGAAGAAAGAACAAUAAACCCAAGACAAUUGUUUAACGAUCACAAACCAUUAUCUAACAGUUACAGCUCACCAUCGCUUACGACUUUGUUCAAGCUGGAAAUACAGUUGAGCUCACAAAAUAAGAACAAAAAGAGCGAGUUAUAUGGCAACAAGGAAAAGAAACAGAAUAGACAAGACCAGGAACAACUUUAUCAUCAACAGCAACAGCUCCAGCACCAAGAACAACUCAAACAUCAACAACAGCAUCUUUACAACCAACAACACCAACAACAACAACAGCAGCAGCAGCAGUCGCCACAGUCACAAUCUCAAUCACAAACUCAAUCCAAUGUGAAAGGUUCCACCCCCAGGUUUGAUUUCAUUAUGAAUGAUGAGUGCUUUAAUGCAAUUCACUACUGGUUAAACAAUACACAAUUCAGUGAUGCUACCGGAGAUCUGGCAGCAGAGAUAAUUGGAAAUCCUACAGGAAUAAUGAAGUACCAAAGGCGCAGGAACUCGAUUCAAUUAUCUUCUUCUGGACCGGCAUCUGAGAAGAUAUCAAAUACUAUUCUGAAGAAAAAGAGAAGAAAGUCGUACAAUAACUACGAAUUACUCAGGGGGAAUAUAGAAGGAUUGGGAAUUGUUAACGGAAAGAAUAAGUUGAAGGACGAGAAGAAAUAUAGAGCUCAAUUGGAAUCUAUACAGAGCCUGAACCAAAACGAGAAUCAAUCUGAAUUACAGACUCAAGAUGAAGCAGACAACCUUGAACAAGUUCUGAUUAACCCUGAAGAUUUAGAUGAUGUUCUGGUACAAUUGUCGUCUAAUGGAGCACUGAUUUUAAGUCACCAACUUCCCUCGCAAGAAGUAGAUCCGAUAGAUACAGAAUCGGCGCCCAUAAAAUCACCAACCUUACUCAAGCUGCAGCAGUUCCAAGAACUUUCGGAGCAAAGACUUCAACAGCAGCAACUCCAAACAACCCCACAACUGGCACAACUUCCGCAAUUUCAGUCGCCUCCACAAGUUCUGCCUACAACUUAUACUUCGCCUCCAUUCCAACUACAACUGCAACAGCCUCAAUUAUUGCUGCAAUCACAGGCAUUGAGAGCGCCAGCGCAGUCCAGCGCUAAAGUGUCCACAAGCCCCAAGCUGAAACCUGCUCACCAAUCUGAUGAUGAAGAUUCAGAUGAAGAGAAGCCAUUCCCUUGUCCCGAUUGUACCAAGCAAUUUAAGAGACUGGAGCAUCUUAAACGUCACAUCAGAUCGGUGCAUUCCAAUAUUCGUCCAUUCCAUUGCAAAUACUGUGAAAAGAAGUUUUCCAGAAGUGAUAAUUUGGCCCAACACUUGAAGACCCACUAUAAGACUUUGCCCAACGGGACUACUACGAUAAUAUUGGGCAACCCCAAUUUAUUCAACCGAGGAGGAAGAAGAAACAAGAGUUGA